UACUUAUUACAAAAAGGAAACGAACCUGUGAACAUGCGUGCGUGCAUGCUAGCUAGCCUCACAUGUGUGCUGGUCUAGAAGAAACCAGUCACGUCGCUGGCGCUUUUCCAGUCUAGACUCUAGGCUCGUCGACUCACAGAGCUUAUCUCCUCAGCUUUUCUUGGGUAAUCCACAUCCCCGACUCCACCUAGUACCCAGGUAGCACGACCUCCCCGCAUCUCCCCGCAUCGCUCGCAGCCCUGGGACAUGCUGCCACUGCCGCCUGCGCCCGCUGCCGGCACUCCGCCGAAUCUCCAUCACCACCGGUCAUGCCGUGGGCUCCACACCAGCUCCCUCGACACUCUGCCGGAUCUCGUGCACCACCACUGGAGCAUCCAUGGUGCAGGCAGUUGGGCAGCCAUGCUCAUGCCACCGGCCGUCUCGGUGCGCGUCUCGAUUUUCAUAUUCAGAUUGGCUCUCUCCCCUCCUCGGCUAGGCAUCCGAGGCUGCUUUUUCUCUGGGACUUCAUGCGCUUUCUCCUUGAUGUUUGCUCGUGACAGCCGAGCCGUCUCUUCCGGGAGGUCAUGCAUCGGAAGAAAGGCCGUCUCCCCCAAGAAGAAGUACCCACUGACUCCCCUCGUCACCGCUAUCCGCCGCCGACCGGACCUAGAUGGACGCCUCCUCGAGGCAAAGCUUGCGCGGGGCUGCGGCAAUCUGGCCUUCUCGGUGUCAACACAGUCUGCAUCCAUCCAGUACUCUAUCCACCAAGUGCACAUUGGUGAUUGUGAUUACGACCUCCACUUCCCUCCAUUGCGCCUGACGCAUGCCAUGGCGCUCGCGCCCUCAAGCUCCAGCACCAGCCCCGCCUUCCCGCUUCGCACCGCAGCCCACGUACCUCUGCUUCGGCCGCGUCGGCAACCCCUCCGGCCCUCGCCAAACCAGCGACCACCAAGAACCCUGCCACCUCCUCGCCUCCGCUUGGUGCUUGCCACCACCAUACUUCCUCCUGAUGCCUUCGGCAAGCGGCAAAAGCCUUCCUUGGCUUCUGCGGCGUGUAUGCCGGCGCCAAGCGGUGGCGCGUGCCCAUCGGUGGAGGCUGUGAGUGGAUAAGAGCUAGUAUAAAAUAAGGAUUAAGGACUGCGGGCUGAAUUCCAACUAAUGCAGGGUUUUGUUUGUAAAAAUGAAACGUUUUUCCAUAGUGUCACUUACAUAGGGAUUGCGGGUUGAUUUCAAAGAAACAAAGGGGCUUUUUCGAAAAACAUCAACGACGGACGACCAGAAACCCAAUUUUCUUUAUUAUUAGGUAAAUAUGUGAGUCCAUGGAAUAUACGCACUCUUAACUUUCCGCAAUUUGCUAGCCUCUACGGUACCAUGCAUUGCCCUUUCUCACAUCAAGACGUGGUGCAAACUUCGCAGGUGCAUCCAAACCCCGUGAUAUGAUACGCUCUAUCACACAUAAGCCUUAUU